AGUAACACUUAAAUCUUAAUCAUGGGCAACCUCUCCGACGUCGUAUACCCCGAACUCAAAGCUACCCAAAAGUUGUCCUCCACGGGGGACAACUUCCUCAUUUGGAAGCUCAAACUCGCCUUCGUCCUCACCGACCAUCAACUCCCCCACCUCCUCAGCCCAACCAGGGAGGACCCCAAAUGGCACGACAAAAACGACGCCGCCAAGUUUCUCAUCCUCAGGACUCUCGACGACGAUCUCCUCCUUGAAUUCUCCGACUACCCCACCCCUUCAUCCAUCAUGGAAGCCCUCCUCCACCGCUUCGAUAAUAGGCUGAAAGCCUUCAGAAUUCUCCUGCUAAGGCGCUACAGGGACCACCGGAUGGCCGCGGACGCCCACAUUUAUCAGCAUGUGUUCAGGAUGCGGGCUAUGGCGAAAGAACUCGAGUAUGCAGGGAUCAAGAUUCCUGAUGAGAUGCAGGCUGUGGCUUUGUUGAAUAGCCUGCCGGAUGAUUGGGAUGAUGAUGUGGAACGGUUGGCAAUCGGGUUGGAUGGAGCUUCCACAGAAAAGUUGAGUUUUGAUUGUGUGAGCCGGCGGUUGAGGAUGGUUAGCGAUGUUAGAUCGUUGAAAAAGUUAAACAAUGCGAAGAAGUUAAAGAACAAAUUCAGGGGUAGUUGUUAUAAUUGUGGGAAACGAGGGCACCACCAAUCAGAUUGCCCUGAGCAAGGUUCAUCCAAGCAGAAAAGUUCUUCUUCAGAGCUUUUCACAUUCCCUGGUGCAUCUGCAACUCUAUCUGAAAUAAUAUAUCCUCAAUUGAAGACCUAUUUAAAAAUUAACUGCAAGGGAUCAAGAUUUUCUACAUGGAAGAGAGACCUUUUUGAUGUCCUUGAAGAUAACCAAGUUGAAUAUGUCCUCAAAGACCUAAAACCUUCUGAGCCUACAGAUGCUGCAUCUGAGGUUGAUGCUCAGCUUUAUGAUAAGUGGCAUGCAGAUGAUUUCACGUGUCGCCACCUUAUCCUUGGAGCAAUGGACGAUGAUGUCUUCCUUAGCUUCCAUGACUAUCCAACUGCCAAAGCUCUUCUAGAUUCUCUUGAAGCAUUCUUUAAUUCUCCUUCCACUGCUCAAAAGUUGGUUCUGCUCAAGAAGUAUAUGAACAAUCAUAUGUCAGAUGAUACACUGAUUAUGGAUCACAUUUUAAAGAUGGACUUGAUGGCACAUAAGCUGGAAAUAGCUGGUGUCAACGUCCCUAAUGAGAUGCAAUCUCUUGUUUUGGUGGACAGUUUACCAGUGUCAUGGGGGGACACUCUAACAUUGUUGAAUAUAAACAUGACUUUGGAUAUGGAGAAUGGUUUGAGCCUGGAUAAUGUAAGAAAGAGGGUGAGAGAUACUGGUCAGAUGAAAGAACUGAUGGCUCAAGCAGAUGACUCGUUGUUCGAUGGCAAUGGCAAUAGAAAUACAAAGAGGGUUUUCAGGGGCAAAUGUUUUUCUUGUGGACGGCCAGGUCAUUACCAAUCUGAUUGCCCUGAUCAAGGUAAAAGGUGAAGUACAUGGCUGGUAGAUGUUCAAGUGCCCUGUAAAUGAGAAAAUCUACUCCUUUAGAUUUUCUCUAUCCUUUUCUUGUGCAGUACAUUUCAAGAGAUGAUUUCGCAAGCAAAUGAGAAAAUGCAAUAGUAGACGGUUUUGACUAAAAGGUUUCAGUCGAAUGCAACUGUAUUCUAGUCUCUAGUUGUCAAAUUUGGUGUUGCUAUGUGUGACUGUCAGAAAUUUAUACAGCAGACCCUGCACAUCGGACAUCCAUUAUUUCGCUUUU